AUGACAAUGCGACAUCUUGCCGCAAAAAUAUUCGCGGAAGAGGUGGGGUGCGACUGGCUAACCCCGUCGCAGUGGGGGAUGCCAGUAGCAGGAGACGGGAGCGGGGCAUCCGUGUACUGCCAUUCGGCAGCAACGUACGACGAGCAGCGUAGGGGUUUCGGAAACGCAACCAAGGACGAAGCGGAAAUCAUGGUUCAUCGAUGCUCCGUGGUGAACUGGCCGGAGUACUUUAACCUCAACGCUUCGUCGGUGGAGCUGCCGGCGAACUGCACGUUUCGCGUAGUGGAGGCGGACACGUCCAGGAACCACGAUCUCGAGAUGGCCCUCAAAGAAACGGAUGCCAACGGCUUCGACAAUCUCGGUUGGGAUCGAUUGAAGAUUGUGCUUCGACAGCCGCACGCCAGCUCCAACUUCCUCGCAAGUCUGGGCUCAUGGGACGGCUGGAAGCGAGAGGUCGUCCGUAAGGUCUUGCGUCAAUUCAGGGAGAACUUCCACCAGUCCCCACGGCCAUGGUAUAACGACGAACCGGAGUGUGGAUACGAGGAGUCCGAGCUAAACUUUGCGCUGCACGUGCGCAUGGGAGAUAGACGAGAGUUGGAGGGGGUAACCCCCGAGUACUUCUCCCUGCUGGAAGGCUUCAUGGCGACCGUAACGCAAGCGGUCGUGGAGAGAGAACAGGCCGCACCGAUGUUUCACGUUUUUUCCGAGGCCCUGUACCCGUGCCCCUUCCCAGAGAACGCAACGUUCACUGAGUUCCCGUUUUGGCCGGUAGAGCGCGACCAGGUUUCCGUCUGCCCGCGGAACGCGGCCGAACAAGACGGCCCGGCGUCGCGACCGGACACCUUUCGCGUGGAGGGCAGGCCCGUCCUCCUUCACCUCGGACGCAACGCCGCCGAGGCGCUGUCGUGCAUGGUCCACGCCGACGGCUUGCUCAUGGGGUGCUCGACCUUCGGCCAGCUGGCGGGGGUGCUCAACGGAGACGGGAUCUCGUUCUUCUCCACCGAGUGCGGGGGGCACGGGGCCCCGCUGCAGUCCAAGAUGAUACCCCCCCUGGCCGUGGCAGAGAGGGGGCGGAUGUGGGUCCCCAUCGCAGGGUCUUGGCGAGAUCCCGUUCUCAGGGCGAAGCACGUUUUUUCUGCGGUCUUGGAUGAGCUGCUCAAGCGCAAGCAGGGCAGCACGCGGGUACCAAGAGGUCGACGAACCAGCCUGCGUUGGAGCUUGCACCAACGCUCCGGAAGGAGACAACGGUCUUCCUUCUUCGAGAAGGGAGACAAGAUGACCCCGGUUCCCAGCGACGGCCGCGGUGGGGAUGACUCCUACCAGCACGUAUCCACGCGGAGCUCGGGUACCUUUCUCCAGGCGAUCGCUCGAUCCAUCAACAAAAUACCCGAAGAUCAAGUUUUCGGCCGUUGGUACAACAGCAAGGGACAAGUGGAAUCUACUCGAACCUUUCAUGGCGUCUGGGUGGCAAGCGGCGAGAUUGCGCAUCUCCUUCGAGUGGAGUGGGGCCUGAGCAAGGGCGACCGAGUCGUGCUGGCGUUCGAUUUCGGCCUGCGCUUCUUCGCGGUCUUCCUUGGCUGCCUGAGAGCCGGCAUCAUCGCCGUGCCGGUGUACCCGCCCAACCCGGCCACGCUCAAGAGGUCUCUCAAAAAGCUGCAGCUUAUCGUCGACAGCUGUGCACCCAAGAUGGUCCUCGUGUGCCCGCUCGUCAACAAGCUCCGCCUGGCGUCGAAGCUGCGGGCGGUGGCGACGGGGAAAAGCGGCUGGCCGGACUUGCCAUACCACUGCCCCGACGUCAAAGAGGAGAAUAUUCCCACCGGUGGCAUGUCUUCUGCUACCGUUGGGUGGAGGAGUGGUGGUGGCAAGUCGGCGGACGUCAAAAGGACGCGGCCGAGCUUCGACGACCCGACCAUCAAGCCGCAAGACGUGGCCUUCCUGCAGUUCACCUCAGGGAGCACCUCCGAUCCGAAGGGGGUCAUGCUCACGUACGGCAACCUCACUCACAAUAUCGGAGUCAUCGUCAACUCCUCGAACGCGCAAAUCGCCGAACGAGGGGGGGUCGCGGAUGGCCAACGUACCUGGUUCUCCUGGCUGCCGACCUUCCACGACAUGGGGCUCAUCCAGGGAACUCUGACGCCAUUCGUCGCCGGAUGGACGGCCGCGUACUGCUCUCCCAUCACCUUCAUGCGACGGCCUCUGGUUUGGCUGGAACUCAUGUCCAAGGAAAAGUCGCAGAUGACGGCUGCUCCAGACUUCGCGUUCCGACUCUGCGUGCGGAAGUGGGAGGAGAUGUCGCCAGAGAACCGGACGGCACUACACCUGGACCUGAAGCACAUCAUGUUCAUGCAGAACGCCGCCGAGCCCGUCCGCGCUAGCACUGUUCGCGACUUCGCCGAAGCCUUCGCUGCCGUGGGCCUGCCGGGAUACGCCUCCAAUGCGGCGUACGGCCUCGCCGAACACACUGUCGGAUGCGCGUCCUCCAGCUCUAAUCCGGGAGGAGGGAGCUUGAGACACAUACCUGACGAGCGGCUGCAGGCUUCCGGGGAUAUUCACUUCUCGGCCGGCCUCCACAUGGAUAUCAAGAUCGUCGAUCCCGAGACCUGCCGGGAAGUUCCCACUGGGGAGACGGGGGAGAUGUGGGUAUCGUCGGACUCUGUCGCUGCGGGCUACUGGGGCAAGCCCGAGCUGACCCAGGGGACCUUCCGUGCACGGAUCAAGUGUGACAGUGCCGACGGGUCUCCUCCCCCUCCGUGGGCCAAUUCGGAGUUUCUACGCACCGGAGACCUAUGCCGUGUCGACGCCGAAGGCCUUCUCUACGUCGAAGGCCGCCUAAAAGACCUCGUCAUCGUUGCUGGGCGCAACAUCUACCCUCAGGACAUUGAGUUCGUCGCCCAAGAUGCGUCUCCUCUGGUCCGCCCAGGUUGCAUUGCGGUCUUCUCGGAGACAGAACUCGGCGGCGGCUUAGAGAUCGUAAUGGAGGUGCGAAGCGUGUCCAAGAAGAACACACAUGCGGUCACGGAAGCGCUGGAAGCCGUGCGCCGCAGCGUCAUGAGCGAAUCGGGACUCGCACCUUCCAGGGUGGUCGCCAUCAAAGAGAGAACGAUUCCGAAGACUACCUCCGGAAAGAUUCAGCGACGCAAGACGAGAGCGGCGCUCCACGCGGGUGCCCUAGAGGUGGUGCAGGAGCUUCGUUUCGAUCCCGUAGAAACGCCCCCCCCUGCUGUUCGUGGCCCCACUCCGCUGAGCGACCGUGAGGAGUCAUCGUCCACAGCACCCACUGCCGUACCUGCUGCAGAAAGGGCGCUCCAUCGUGCGUCCUCUUCAAAACUCUCGCCUCAAACGGCUGACGGCAACACGAGCAUGGCCCCCAAGAAUAGCAGCGACGCUGAAACUCCGCGCGGCAACACAGAGCGGCCUCCCGAACGGCAAGCGCCGGCCGAGUUGUGUGUCAAAGACGUAAUCGACAUCGUGCAGUCAGCCACCGGGGUUAGUUGUAUUGGAGAGUCCGACGACCUACUGGACCUCGGCGUUGACUCUCUCAUGUCCGUUGGAAUCAGCAAAGACUUGUCUGAAGCUUCCGGAUGCGAGCUCCCACAGGAGCUCGUCUUCACGCACCCCACGGUGACCCUUAUCGCGGAGUUCAUUAGCUCUGCCGUUCAGAGUCGUCAAGCCUCCACUCGCGCCAGCGACCUCAGUGCGGCAGGCGUCUCCUCCAUGCCCACACACAUGGGUGGUUUGGACUGCCCGGGAGGCUCCCACCUGAAGGACCUGGGCGAGCAGUGGACGACGGGUCCCAUGCAAGGAUGGGCGUUUCGCCUAUCUCAGACGAUCCUACUAGCAUUGGUCCUGGUCCAGAUAUUCGUUGCACUGCAACCGGCCCGUCACUACUGGCGGUACAUCAACGAGUUGGCCUUGACAGGGUCAUUCGGUGGGUACAACAAGCAGCCGUGGCUCUACGUGGAUCUUCCUGUCUUCGGAGGAGGAGGAGGAGGAGGAGGAAGCGCAGAAGAGUCUUCCAAGAUGCGGGUUCUCGGGCUUCUCGGAGCGCUUUCGCCCAUCAUAUGGUUCGCGUGCUUCACGGCGAUCGUCAUCGUGACAAAGCUACUGCUGAUCGGUGGGUACCCUCAAGUGCGCGUCCCGCUGGGCACGCGCGCGUACCUCUCCUGGUGGUAUAUGAACACCAUGCUGAACGUGUGGGAGUCCGUCGGUGGAACGUGGUUGCUCGAUACGAAGCUGAUAAUCUUCAUUUACCGGUGCAUGGGGGCACAGAUUGCCUGGACCGCCAGCAUCAGCGUCUUCGUUCGCGAGUUCGAUUCGGUGGAGGUCCAGGAAGGGGCGAAGGUGGAUGGCAACCUGUACGUCCGGCGGUUCGAGGCUUCUUACAUGGACGUGGCGCCCAUCAUCAUUGGCAAAGGUGCCGACAUUAGAACCGGGUCCGUGGUGUACGGAGGGACAAGCGUCGGUGAUCACUGGGCUGCCCUUAGGAUGGCGUAUUGUGGCAUUGACAGCUCUAUCACCGACGGUCGCAUCGUUCGCUUUGCCUGCACUCAGCCACACUCCACUUGGGAAGGUCACCCCGCGAAGGAAACUAGCCAAGCCCAUGACAGCAUGGUGCUGGAUGUCCCUGGCACGCGUGUCACCACACUCUGUCUGACCGAGUUGGCGAAGCAAAUCUCGAUCCUGUGCACCCUGGUUGCUACGACGGCAAUGACCUACAUCCCGACCAUCCUCUAUGAGUCUACCGGUCUAUCGGAGAACUUCCGCUACGCCCUUCUAGUCGAGGUUGUUUUUCUCGUCGCCGGAGUACCGAGCCAGCUAGCUCUCUACACCGUUCUGCUCAAGUGGGUCCUCGCAGGUCGCGUGACAGAGGGCUCUUACAAACCGAGCGUCUUCCAGACCUGGCGACGCUGGUACCUCGGCAGGCUUAACACGUUUGUGUUCGCCUACUUGCACGUCUUCAACCAGUGUCCGAGAUACGAGUGGUGGAGUGCCGCGCUUGGCAUGAAAGUGGGGCGUGGUUCGGUUGUCCUGCUGGAAGAAUUCAACCCGGAGGACGCGCACCUGAUUCAGAUCGGCUGCCGAUCCCACAUCGGCUACCCGCGUCUCUCCGUCGACCGACCGACCGGACGUGGAACUGAACGCGAGAAGAAGGCAAUAUCGAUCGGAUCGAAGGCGUUACUCGGGUUCGGGGUACACAUCGGCGCGGGCUGUACCGUCGGAAACGGUGCAAUGCUUGGCGGAUACUCCAAGCUAAGGCCUGGAGAACAUCUCACCGACGGGUCGGUGACGAUGUGCGACCAGCAGAGUGCCUUUCAAUUUGGUGGUUCUGCGCCUACCUCGGUCCCAAGGGAUAUCCAUGACGAUCCCCGCGAAACUGUCAAGGCGAACGUCAUCGACGCGGCGUGCACCCUGGGGGCUUGCUCCCUCAACAUCCUGGCCUUGGUGGCGUCUUUCGAGGCGACCAAGCUAGCAGCAUCUCUGUGGUCGAGAGGCGAUUCCAUCGACACCAGGGUUGUGGUGUUGUCGGCGGUGGCCUUGAUCGUGUGGGCGUUGGCCUCGGCUGUACUUCUUGCCGUCUUUAAGUGGGUGUUCGUGGGGAACUUCCGCCUCAUGUCAACCGCAGGCACACAAAGGGAAAUCUCUGCCCGAGUUGGGCCACGUUCAACGGACAUCGAGAAGGGGUCCGGGGGAGGGCAACAAGAAGGCCAGCGGCGGAAGACGAACAAACUCACGGCUUCGCAGGUUAUGCGGUGGCGGUGGAUGCAGCGCUUCGUCUACUUCUCCCUCUUCGAGCCGUACAUUGUCAACACCGUCCUCAAAGGCACGUGGCUGCUCAACGUCUGGCUAAGGCUCAUGGGUGCAGACGUUUCCAUGGGCGCUCUGAUUCUAGGCAAGGUGUCCGAUCACGGCAUGGUGAAGGUUUGCAAGGGUUCCGUGGUUGCUGGUGUUCUAUAUGGACACCGCGCUACCUUCGUUGACGGAAUCUGGUCCCUGGAACUGGCGCCUGCACGUGUAGGUGAACGUGGGGUUGUGCAUGCCCACACCGGGAGCUGGUGCACGGAGAUGGGGGCUGGAUCAACUUUGACAGCCGGUAGCGCCACACUUAGCGGACAGGUUUUGCAAGCCGGGGAAGUGUUCGGGGGUCGUCCUCCUCAGAAGCUUUGUGGAAGUUGGGCGUGGUAA